GAAAAAUUGUUUUUUUUGUUUUUAACAAUCGAUACAAUUACAGAUUGUAAAGAAUAUAACAAAUAUGUUUGCAUACUUUUCUAAAAUGAAUUGUACAUAUGGUAUCAUGUCGGUGUGAAUUAAAUUUAUCCCUUAGUUACUUUUCACUAAGAAACAGAUGCCUCUUCGAGCGGCGAACCGUCAGGAAGCAACCAAACAAGAAUUGGUAAUAGAACCUGCAAAACUUUAUAGUUGAUGUAACUAAACGAACUAAACACAUAUAAAAAUAACCCCAAUUUAAAUUGUGGGUUUUAUAUAUCUGCUUGAAGAAUGUUUUGACCAACAAACGUCCGGUGUGGUAGGUUCUUGUGUGUAAAAUAGUUCGUUAAGGAGUAAUGUAAAAAGCCGAUAUUUCUGAAUCACUACAGCUGUAGUGAAAAUAGACACCGAAUUCCUGUAAUAUCAGUGAAAAACAUGGAAGAUCCAAACGAAAAUAUGGAUGUUCCUGGUGUUAGUAAACGGGUAGAAUCGCCGCUUGAAAUGGAAAUGAAAUUGUCAAAGAGUGACUACCCACCCAGUGUUCACUCUGAAGUUUCAGAUGAAGCAAGGGAAUUAGAUGCUUUACUAAAUGAGGAUAAUAUAAAGUUAAUAAACACAGGAGAAACACAGUUAGAUGAACAAGAACCAGUGGAAGAAUCCAUGGAAACUAUGCUUGAAGCUUUACAAAAAGUAGAAUCGCUUAUUGGCAUGGACAUAGAAACUUCUAACAUUGAGUCAGCCAUACUACCUCCUGAAAAUGAAGAACAAUUAGAUGAAGACUUGUUUACAGAGGAAACAUCUGAAACAAUGAUACCUCCAAUUGAAAUGGAUAUUGAAAUUCCUGAGAGCAAAGAUGCUGCCUUAAUACCACCAGAAUCACAAAUUUUUUUGAAGGAACAUGACAGGAACAAUGAACAAACAGAACUACCAGAGGAAUUAAGAAGUUUGUGUGAUUCGCAAGAAAGAUCUGAUUCUAUUGGUAAAAUGGAAGAUAGGGUACCAAAUAAUGAAGAAGAUUUAGCUACCUCAGCAGACAUGCCUGAGGAAAGUAGUGAAGUAAUCAAAACAGAUGUGAUGCUGGGAUUGUUGCCUGAAGUUCCAAAAACUACCAAAUCUCCCACUGAAAUGCUUAUUGAAUUAACGGAAACGGAGGUAGAGACCUCGUUAGUUUUUGAUGCAAAUACGAAAGAAUUGAAGGAGAAAUUGCAAGUUCCUGAAGUUUCUAACCAGUCAGAUUCAGUAACAGAAAUAGACGACAAAUUACCAAAAUAUGACGACGAAUCCGUCAUCCAGUCGGAAGAUUUGGAUGAAACUAUGGACCCUAAGAAAGAAGAAAAGUUAGACGGUGAGGAAACAGUUGAUAUAGAUUUAGCAGAAUUAGAAGGGGUAACAGAAUUAGAAGAAACACUUGCAGGUGUAGAAGAGCCAGAUGAAGAAUCCAUAAAUAUAACUGAAGAUAUGUCUGAGGCCAUUACCAAUCCUAUAGAAAAGCAAGAAGAAUCAGAAGAUACCAGUUCUCUUCUAGAACCACCUAAGAGGAUAGAAUCUCCAGUUGAACCUGAUAUUCAACUCCUAAAAGAAGAUGAUAUCUCAACAGCACAAUUGGAGAAACUAAUUGUUACUGAAGAACAGGGAGAUGAUGUAGAGUUUCAAUCAGAAGACAAAAUAGAACCAUCUUGUGGUAGCCCAAAGAAAAUUGACUCUCCUUUAGAGAUAGAAAUCAACCCACUCAAGAUCGAAAACGAGUCAGUCGUUCCUUUAGAUGUUCACGAAGAGGCUGAAACUAUAGAUAGAAUGGAAGACAAAUUAGAAUCGUCUUCUAAGAGAAGCGAGUCUCUAGUUGGAAUGGAAAUUGAACUGGCGGAAACAAAAGAUGAUUCUGUAAUUCCGGUGGAAAAGUCGGAAGAUUCACAGGAAAACUCUGACAUUUUUAAAGAAUCUAUACAAGUUGAUUCGCAACUCGAACUGGGAAUCGAUUCGACCGAGGCUGAUAAUACACCUGUCGUUCAGCCAGAGAUUCAAGACGAACCAGACUAUGAGAAACAAGAGGAAGAGAUUAAUUUAACUGAAGAUGCACAACAAGCAUCGGAAGUAUCUGAAGCGAGAAUAAAUUCAGUCGAGACACUGAUGGAUAAGCAAGAACCAGUGGAUGAAUCAAUGGAAACCAUGCUUGAAGCUUUGCAGAAAGUUGAAUCGCUAAUUGACAUAGACAUGGAAACUCCUAAUACUGAUGAUGCUCUACUAUCUGUAAAAACGCAAGAGCAAUCAGAGGAAGUUAUAUGUACCGAAGAGACACCAGAGCCAUUUAUAUCCCCAAGUGAAAUAGAAACUGAACCAUCUGAAAGCAGAGAUGGUCCUUCAGUUCAGCAAGAAAUACAAGAUCUUCAGAAAGAACAGGACGGAGAUGAUGAACAAGCAGAACUACAACAGGCAUUAGAAGGUUUGUAUGAUUCACAAAAAAGUGCUGAAUCUCCUGUACAGAUGGAAGUUAGGGUAUCUGACGAUGAAGACGAUUUAGCCAUUUCAAGGGAUAUGCCUGAGGAAGGUAAAGAAGUAAUUCCAGAACAUAUUAAGUCUCCCACUGAGAUGUACGUUGAAUUGAGUGAAAUGGAGAACGAGACUUCUUUAGUUUCGGAUGAAAAAACGGAGGAUCCGGAAAAGAAAUUGCAAGUUCCUGAAGUUUUUAAGCAAUCAGAAUUGCCAGCUGAAAUGGAAGUCGAAUUAUCCAAGAAUGAGGAUGAAUCCAUCAUCCAGUUGGAAGAUGGGGAUGAGGUAAAGGCUGAAAAGGAAGAGGAAAAGCUAGAUAACCAGAAAACGGUUGGAGUAGAUUUAAACGAGGACGAAGGUAGAAAAGAAGAAACAGCUGCAGAAGUACAAGAACCGGUUGAAGAUUCCAUGGAGAUCACCCAAAAGAUUUUGAAAACAGAUGCGAUGCCUAUUGUUUCUAUAGAAAAAGAAGACGAGGCAGAAGAAACAAACUCUCUUCCAGAACAAUCUAAAAGCAUAGAAUCUCCCGUUGAACUUAAUAUCCAAGUCUCAGAGGAUGAAAAUUUCUCAGCAAUACAAUUGGAGAAGCAGUCUGUUACAGAAGAACAGGAAGAUAAUGGUGAGUUACAAUUAGAAGAGAAAUUAAAAUCAUCCUUUGACAGUCCGAAAAAGACUAACUCUCCUUUAGAGCUAUUCAGAACCGAAGAUGAAUCGAACGACCCUGUAGAUUUUCACGAAGAGGCCAAUGAAGGAGAUAAGAUAGAAGACGAAUCAGAGUCGUCUUCUGAAUCUCCGCCAAGAACCAAAUCCUCAAUUGCGGUAGAAAUUGAACUAGCAAAAAUGGAGAGCGAAAAUUCUAGAGUACCAAUAGAAAAAUCGGAGGAUUCCCAGGAAAAUCAAGACUCUUUUGAUGCUUCCAAACAGAUUGAUUCGUCAAUUGAAAUGGAAAUAAAACUACCCAAGACGGAUGACGCAUCUAUUGUUCAGUCAGAGAUUCAGGAUGAACCUGAGAAGCAAAAAGAAGAGAUUACUUUAACUGAAGAUACACAAAAAUCAUCGGUUCUAUCCGAAGAGGCAUCGACAGACGAACAGGAACCAGUGGAAAAAUCUAUAGAAACUAUGCUUGAAGCUUUGAAAAAAGUCGAAUCGCUCAUUGAUAUUGACAUGGAGACUUCUGGCAUAGAUGAUACGUCUAUGCCACCUAUAGAGAACCAAGAACAGUCAGUAGACUCUAGGUGUACUCAGGAGGUACCUGAUGCAGUGGUACCUUCGUUUGAAAUAGGAGUUCAACUGUCAGAACGCGAUGACGUUCCUUUAUUACAACCAGAAGGGCAAGAUCUUCCAGAGGAACAAGCGGAAUUGCAAGAGGUAUUGGAAGCUUCUUUUAACUCAUUAGAAGAUACUGAUUCACAGGUAAAGAUGGAAUCUGACGAAGAAAGUUCUAAACCUUCUAACGAAGAAGGUUUAGCUGCUUCGACGAAUUUGUCGGAGGAAAGCAAAGAAGUAACCAAAACAGAGGACACCUUGGAAAUACCUUCUGAAUUGACUGAAACUAAGGUCGAAGCUUCGGUAAUAUCAGAUGAAAAUUUACAAUGUUUAGAGGAGAAAUUGGAAGUUGCUAAGGUUUCUCAGUGGUCAGAAUUCCCGGAGGAAAUGGAAAUUGAAUUGCCCGGGUGUGAAGAAGAAAAACUAGAUAAUCAGGAAACAGUUGAUGUUGAUUUAGAUGCUGAUAAAUCAUUAGAGAUUUCACCUGUAACAAAAGUAGAGACACCAAAUGUAGAAGAAGCAUCUGAAGGUAUGCAAGAAACAGUGGAAGAAUCCAUGGAGACCACAGAAGAAAGCUCAGAGGAGACUGAACCACCCAUUAAUAUAAAAAUAAAGCUUUCUGAACCUAAUGAAGUAACUGCAAUGCCUGUAGAAAAGCAGGAUGAAUCAAAUGAAACUAAGUCUGUUCUUGAGCCACUUCAGAGGACAGAAUCUCCAGUUGAAUCAAACGUGAAAACUUCAAAGAGUGGAGACACCUCCAUAGCACAACUAGAGAGGCAUGUGGUUACAGAAGAACAUCAUGAUAACGCACAGUUACAAUCAAUAGAAAAAUUGGCUGCAUCUUGUGACACUCCUAAGAGAACCAAUUCUCCUUUAGGGAUGAAGAUCAAGCUGUUCAAAACCGGAGAUGCCUCGAUCGUUCCUCUAGACUUCCACGAAGAGCCCAAGGAGACAGGUAAAAUAAAAGACAAAUUAGAAUCAUCUCAGUCUCCAAAGAGAACGGAGUCGCCUAUUGGAAUGAAGAUUAAAUUAACGAAAACGAAGGGGGGAGCUUCUAUAAUUCUAAUGGAUAAGUCAGAAGAUCCAAGGGAAAACCUGGACGCCCCUGAUACUCCUAAACGGACUGAUUCACCGCUUGGAAUGAGGAUCAAACUCUCCAAGACUGGGGACGCAUCUAUCAUUCAGUCGGAGAUUCAGGACGAGAAUAAACACGCAAAGUACAAAGAAAAAGUUGACUCGAUCCAAAAUACAGGUAAAGGGUCGGAAACAUCAUUUGGAAUGAAAUUAAGGUUGAUUAAUUCGGAAGAGGAGUCGAUGGAAGAACCGCAGGAAAUUUUGCCAAAAGUUGAAUCUCCCCUUGGUAUGAAGAUAAGACUUUCUAAGACUGGCGAUGCUUCUAUUAUACCUACAGAAAAGCAAGAACACCUAGAAGAAACGAAAUCCAUUCACGAAGGAAGCAGGAGGACAGAAUCUCCCCUUCAAAUGAAGAUGAAGGGCUCAAAAAGUGGAGAUGCCUCUGAGGGGCAGAGUACUUCAGAAGAACACUAUAAGGAUAUACAUUUAGAAGCAAAGGAGAAAUUGGAAACUUAUGGUUCUCCUAAAAGAACUAAUUCGCCUAUAGGAAUGAAGAUCAAGUUGUUCAAGAGCGGUGAUGCCUCGAUCGUUCCUUCCAGUUUAGCAGAGGAAAACAAAGAGGUAUGUAAAAUGAAAGAUAGAUUAGUUAUGUCUUCUGAGAGUCCAAAGAGAACCGAAUCUCCAAUCGGUAUGAAAAUUAAACUAACUAAGACAAAGGAAGGAGCUUCUAUAAUCCCGAUGGAAACCUCGGAGGACUCUAAGGAAAACCUGGAAGUACCUGAUGUUUCCAAACGGACAGAAUCACCUCUUGGAAUGAAGAUCAAAUUGUUCAAAAGCGGCGAUGCGUCUAUCGUUCACUCAGAAGUCUCUGAGGAAGCUAAAGAUUCGAAGCAAAGAGAAAAGUCAGAAAACAAGGGGAAAGGUGAGUCAACGGUGUUGCAGGAAUCUUCGGAAGAAUCCAUGGAAACUGUACCAGAAUCUUGGCAGAAAGUUGAAUCUCCUAUAGGUAUGAAAAUUAAACUUUCUAAAUUUGGUGAUGCUUCUAUAAUAACUACAGACAAGCAGGAACACCUCGAAGAAACGAAAUCCGUUCAGGACGUACCGAAGAGAACGGACUCUCCUCUUGGAAUGAAGAUCAGACUAUCAAAGACCGGGGAUGCCUCGAUAAUACAACCAGAAUGGUCGGAACAUCUGGAAGAAUACAACAAAGAUUAUACGCAGCCAAAACCAAAAGAGAAAUUGGAUUCUUCGUACGACUCGCCAAAGAGAACUGGUUCUCCAUUGGGAAUGAAGAUCAAGUUAUUGAGGACUGGGGACGCCUCGAUUGUUUCUUCAGAUUUGUCGGAAGAAAGCAAAGCAAUGAGUAAAUUCAAAGAUAAAUUGGAAUCGUCUCCUGAAGUUCCAAAGAGAACCGAGUCUCCGAUUGGUAUGAAAAUAAAACUGGCAAAAACGAAAAGUGGUGCUGCUAUAAUACCAAUUGAAAUCCCAGAAGAUUCAAAGGAGAAAUUAGAAAUUACCGAUACUCCUAAGCGAACGGAAUCGCCGCUUGGAAUGAAGAUUAAAUUAUUCAAGAGCGGCGACGCGUCUAUUGUUCACUCAGAACUCGCUGAAGAAACUAAAGACAUGAAGCAGAAAGAGAAAGCAGAGAACAGGGAAAAGAUUGAUGUAACUCAGGAUGGAGGGAAAUCGUCAGAGAUGUCUGGAAUAAAAAUUAAGGUGAUAAAGUCAGGAGAUACGUCGGUAGUUUCGCAGGAAUCGGUGGAUGAACCCAUAGAGACCACAUCAGAGUCCUGGCAGAAAGUUGAAUCUCUUAUUGGUAUGAAAAUCAAACUGUCCAAGCAUGGUGAUGCGUCCAUAAUACCUGCAGAAAAGGAAGAACAGUCAGAAGAAUUUAAACUUAUUCAAGAAGCAUCUAGAAGGACAGAAUCGCCUCUUGGAAUGAAGAUCAAACUCUCCAAGAGCGGUGAUGCUUCCAUUAUACAAUCUGAAGCAGUGGAAGAUGGGAACAAAUUAAUGCGAACAGACACGGAACACUCAAAGCCAGUUGACACUAGCUUAGGUAUGAAAAUAAAGCUGUUAAAAACUGGAGAUGCUUCUAUAGUAGAUUCAGAGAAGAAGGAAAGACAACAAAGACGUCAAGACAUUGAACCCUUGGAGAUGAAGAUCAAAUUAUCCAAAACUGGACAUCCGACAAUUGUGGCCUAUGACAAUCAAGGUGAAUCUACGUACAAACAAAAAGAAGCUUUAGAUUUAUCUCAGAAUUUUACUCAGAGAUAUAAAGAAUCUGGGCAAAGUGUUGGUCAUAAAGAACCUGCGUUAAAGAUCCUUAAAACUGGUCACUCGACAAUUCUGCAGAGCAAUCGUUCAGAAUUAACGAUUGAACCGAUACAGACGCAGGGAAAGAAAGCGGACGGUAUGCUUGACAUAUCUCCUAAUAAACGUAAAGAUAUCAGCAUUUCACCGAUAGAAUCCAAAAAGCCUAAAUUGGAAGCACAGCUUACUCAAAUUUUACCUGAAGUUACAAUUCAGCCUGUGGCUUCUAAGGAACAGAAGCAGUUCGUGUUUGACCCGAAAAGCAGCGCGAUCAGUCUUCAGCAAAUGAACGUAAUAAGUCAAGAAAUCAGUAUUACUCAAGUCAGACCAUCGAAGCCAGCAGAUGCCACUAUGAGCGAGAAGCUAAAGGACAUCUUAUCUAAUAAAAACGUAUCUGGAUCACCGAUGAAUUCUGACUGUGAAAUUAUAGAACAUCGACCAGAAUUAAUAAUAGUGAAUGAAAAUUCAAAUUCUAGCCAGGAUGUUGUAAUAAUAGAGGAAGUUUCUCCUACUAGAAUGCCUGAAGUAAAGGUACCUAAAAAGAGGGGUAGACCUAGGAGGAAUCCAUUACCCCAAGGUGUCACCCAUCCACCCCCACAAUUAUUAAUGACUAGAGAUCCUUUGUCUUUGGAUGAUAUGCAUAAAAUGCAACAAUCGCAAUUACCACAUUUUGAAUCUAGAGAAAAUGAAAGGCCUAAAAGGACUUGUAGGAGUCAGAAAAGUUAUGCACCUCCUAAAAGAGGCAGAGGAAGAGGUAGAGGAAAACGAAAAUUGGAUAACGUAGACCUGCAACUGUCCAAGAAAGUUAGGAUAGAUCAAGAUUUAACUACAAUAGAAGCUUCUACAACGGCAGUAAUAACGAUAGAUGAUUCUGUAUCACAGUCAGAAUCAUUUGGUAAAUCACCAGAAUUGUAUAAAGCUCUGAAACAACCAACAUUAGAUUCUAAAGCCAACCUUUCUAAAAUCAAAAUGGGACCAAAAAGUGAUGGUAUCAAAGGUACACAUGAAUUAUCUGAAAUAAAUAAAGAAUCAGAGAAUAAGAAACUAACGGAAAUCGUACCUGAUAAAGUACAAAAAUCUGGCGUGAAAUCUGGUACUGAAGAUGGUACAAAAUCGGAAAAUAGGGAUAUAUUGAUACCUCCAGGACAUCCUAAUUGGUUAACGCCAGUAUCGAAACGAGCGUCUGAGAAUGCUACGAAACAUGAAAAUAUGUCCACGGUACAGGUAAUAGAUGAAGAAACAAGAAUGAGUGCGGAAUCAGGUUCUAGAUCUCAAACUCCUGCCAGAAAUAUUCCUGUACAAGCAUCUGAAACUAUUAUAAAUGAAGAAUCUCAAGGAAGUGUGCUUAGCACAGCAACAACAGAAUCAGAAAAAGUAAAAGUGAAGAAUCGCAGAAUGGAAAUUAAUUUUGAUCCAGAUGAAGGACCAUUUACUGUUGAUAAAAUCGCCGAGUACGAAUGGCCGCUCGAUCGUAAAGGUGAAACAUUUAUGAUACAAGAACAAAUAUCUCAAUAUCUUGGUGUGAAAUCUUUUAAAAGAAAAUACCCAGACUUGAAGCGAAGAGUAGUAGAUAUGGAAGAAAGGAAUUAUUUGAGAGAAAAUGGACUGGUUAGUGAAGCAAUGUGUGAUAUGGGUUUAACUGCAGUAUGCAGUUCAGAAGUAUUAGAUGUAAUGUGUAGCGAUUUUCCUGAUCAGUAUGAAGAAUAUCGUAAACAUAUGCGUGAGAAACAGGUAAAAGAGCAUUCCAAAAAGCAAAAAGAAUUAACAGCAGCUGCAACUGCAGAAAAAAAUAGAAUUGAUUUAGCAGAAAUGGCAGUGCAGUCUGCGUUGUCUUGGAACAUUCGUUUAAAUAAAGCUCGCCGAGAAGAUAGAAAAUGUAGUUUAGAUUUACAAACAUUCACGAUACACGUUCCAAAGAAACAACAAAAAGUUGAAGAACGUAAAGUUGGUUAUUAUCCUGUCGCUUUAAUACCAGGGCAAUAUACUGAUUAUUACCGCGAAUAUACACCAGCCGAAUUGCGAUAUUAUCCUUUGAAUACGGUCCUCUAUGGUCCUACGAGGCCAAACGAACGUAAAUUUGAUAGCCAGUCGGAAGGAUCUCAAAGUGACAACGACAGCGAUUCAUCCUCAGAUGACUCGAGCUCGUCUUCUAGCGAAGGAACACAGAAUACGGAAGGAUCUCAGUCCACGAUGGAUGACGUAGAUAUGGAGAUAGCACAUCAGAAAGAAGAAAUAAAGUUGAAAUGCAAAAUGUGUUUGAAAACUUUGAACAAACAGAGUAAAAAUGAGGUAUUAAUUCAAUGUGGUACCUGCAAUGGACAUGUUCAUCCGUCGUGUAUCGAUUUAACGUUGGAUAUGGUUCCUCACAUUCAAUCAUACGCAUGGCAAUGCACAGAUUGUAAAACUUGCGCUCAGUGUCAUGAUCCUGCCGACGAAGAUAAAAUGCUUUUCUGCGACAUGUGUGAUAGAGGGUAUCAUAUUUAUUGUGUUGGGUUACGUCGUGUACCCCAAGGAAGAUGGCACUGUCAAGAAUGCGCAGUUUGUGCAAAUUGUGCCUCGAGAGAACCUGGAGGUAUUAAUUCCGAUAGAAACAGUGUAGCUCAGUGGCAACAUGAAUACAAAAAGGGUGACAAAAAUACUAGGGUUUAUGUUUCAACAUUAUGCGUUCCAUGCUCGAAGCUAUGGCGAAAGGGUCGCUAUUGCCCGCACUGCAGUCGCUGUCAUACUGCUCCACGACUCGACCUGGAAGCGAAUCUAGUGCAUUGCAGCGCAUGUGACAAAUAUCUGCACCUAGAUUGCGUGGAGACCAAGGGAGUGGUAUUAGACAGGAAAAAUUAUCUGUGUGAUUUUUGCACACCCACUCGUCAACACAUGAUAAAGCCAUUAAUAUCAAAAACGUUAAGAACAUAAAAAAUACAAAAUAUACAGUUUCCGUUUGAAUGUGAAAACUAUAAAAUGUGAUUCGUGCGUGUAGAGAAAGUGGUAAAAUAGAAAAUUUGUACGAACAAUAAGCGCGUUAUAAUGAUUCAAGUGAUUAAUUUAUCAUGAACUAUUUCUUAAAAUUUCUGUGUAAAAGAACGUGCAUGUAAAUAUUUGUUAUAAAACGGUGGUUAUUGUUAGUUAUACGUAAAAGUUUAAGGUAUAAAUAAUCUUCUUAUUUGAUGAAAACCUUAAUUUUUAACGUAUUGUUGUAAAAUGAAAUAAUUAGUACUUUUUUUAACGAACUGUAUUCAUAAU